AUGAAGGAUCCCUCCUGUCCGUCGGGAUCCGCGGGCGCCGGCUGUAGCUGCAACGCGGCCUCCCGCCGCCGGGGGCGUUGGGGCAGGCGCGGCGGCGCGGGCCCGCUGGGCGCUCGUCUUACGGCUCCGCCCGAGGUCUGCUCGUCAGCGCAGACUGCAGCCAGCGCCGCCAGAGCCAGCUCCUGGUGGUCUCAUGUGGAGAUGGGACCCCCUGAUCCUAUUUUGGGAGUGACAGAAGCUUUCAAGCGUGACACCAAUGCUAAGAAGAUGAACCUGGGUGUUGGGGCCUACCGGGAUGAUAAUGGGAAGCCCUACGUCUUGAACUGCGUCCGCAAGGCAGAGGCCCAGAUCGCUGCUAAGAAGAUGGACAAAGAAUACUUGCCGAUUGCAGGGUUGGCAGAGUUCAAUAAGGCAUCAGCAGAGCUGGCACUGGGUGAAACCAGUGAGGUUAUCAAGAAUGGCCGGUAUGUCACUGUGCAGAGUAUUUCUGGGACUGGGUCUCUGAGAAUUGGAGCCAAUUUCCUGCAACGAUUCUUCAAGUCUAGCCGUGACGUGUACCUGCCUAAACCAUCCUGGGGCAACCACACCCCCAUUUUCAGAGAUGCAGGCUUGCAGCUGCAGGCCUAUCGCUACUAUGAUCCCAAGACCUGCGGCUUUGACUUCUCUGGAGCCUUGGAUGACAUUUCUAAAAUUCCUGAGAAGAGCAUCAUCCUCUUUCAUGCCUGUGCUCACAACCCUACGGGUGUGGACCCAAGACCAGAGCAAUGGAAAGAGCUGGCCUCUGUGGUAAAGCAAAGGAAUCUCUUUGUGUUCUUCGACAUGGCAUACCAGGGCUUCGCCAGUGGGGACAUCAACAGGGACGCCUGGGCUGUGCGUCACUUCAUUGAGCAAGGCAUUAACAUUGUGCUGUCCCAGUCCUACGCCAAGAACAUGGGCCUAUAUGGGGAACGUGUGGGUGCUUUCACCGUCAUCUGCAGUGAUGCAGAGGAAGCCAAGAGGGUGGAGUCCCAGCUGAAGAUCCUGAUCCGUCCCAUGUACUCGAACCCACCCAUCAAUGGAGCCCGGAUUGCCUCCACCAUCCUGAACAGCCCUGACCUGCGGCAAGAAUGGCUGGGAGAGGUGAAGGGGAUGGCUGACCGGAUCAUUGGCAUGCGCACCCAGCUGGUGUCCAACCUCAAGAAAGAGGGCUCCUCCUACAACUGGCAGCACAUCACUGACCAGAUUGGCAUGUUCUGCUUCACAGGGCUGAAACCCGAGCAGGUGGAGCGACUGACUAAGGAGUUCUCCAUCUACAUGACUAAAGACGGCCGCAUCUCCGUGGCGGGGGUCACAUCGGGCAACGUGGGUUACUUGGCUCAUGCUAUCUACCAAGUCACCAAGUAAAUGCAGCAGAGCAGCUGGCCUGCCCCUCAGCAGUCCCUGGCCUCUGGUUCCAGAGGAUGGAGAAAGUGAAGGGCGUUUAGGGGGGGCAAGCAGAUGGCUUUCAACCACAGCACUUAACUCAGUCAUUGAAUGUAUCUUGUAGACAAGGCAGUGGGUAGAAGCUUUGCCAUGGGUAACCAAAGCCACUUGCACUCUUCAGGCUGGCUUCCUCUCUUCCCUUCAAAAGCAUCCUAUUGUGAAUUGGCUCCUGACCCUACGCGGAAGUUUUUCAGACUUGGAGUCAGCAUCUUGGCAGGAUUUCUUCAAACAUUUACAUCAUUAGUGUUUGAGUAGCACAAGCACUGAGUGCUCACUCCCUCACCUGAGAGUGUUUCUUAAAACAGUUACUCACUUAAAACGAGCUAGAGCAGGAGUUAGGCCCCUUCCUUCCCAACUCUGCUCUUUGUGCUGACACAAGUCUAUACAGUUGUAGUUUUGUGGGGUUUUUUCUGAUCAGCUCCUCAGGACAUUCUGGUGUCUAAAUCUGAUGGUACCACUUCUCCAUUCUUGUUUGCUUCAUUGCUGCCCUUCCUACCACUUUCCGCAAAUGUCCCUGAAAUUGAGGUUCUGCUCUGAAAAGGGCUGGUCACUAGAGAAAUCUUUGAUCAAUGAAUGUAGAACCCUCAUGAUCUCUCUCUCUCUCUCUCUCUCUCUCUCUCUCUCUCUCUCUCUCUCAGUCGCUCAAAUUUGAAGCCAGACUUGCUGUUAAUGGUUGAGCCCCUAUCCUUUCUCUGUCAAGAUACAGUAACUUGAAGAUCCCUUUUCAGUGAAACAUUACAGUAUGUGCAAUUCUUUAUAAUUGAGUUCUGGUUCUAUCGUCCCUCAUUACACAGGUAAAGACGGCAGUGUCAGCUGUGUGUCCAGACACCCCAGAAACUGUUUUGAUCUUGUGACUGCCUGUUGAUUUGAGCCACAGCUGCCUGUCUAAAAUUCCCACCCACUAAACAAGUAACUGGACCUGUUUGAAAGGAGAGAGCUUUAAGGCCCAGCAGUUCCUUAUGACUGGGAACUGUUUCCAUUGAGGGGGAGCAGGGGCAGGAUGGAGAUCUUCACUGCAGAAGGCAAAGUGAUAAGCAUGCGCCUGAUGCUGCUGCUGCCGCCUCUUCAUAAGUAUUCUCUUUUCCUCCCCUCAAGUCAAAGGGACUUUUGCUGCCACCUUUUCCUUUUUUUGCCUCUUACACAGCAUUUUAAUCGCAGGCAGUUUUGGAUUCUGAAAUUCCUGUUGCUAGCAAACUUCCCUGAAGAUCUACUAGCCUGUCUGCCCUCAACUGCCACCAUGAUCUGGAGAAAAGCAGUAACAGCUCAUGAGGUAAAGACUGAUUUCCUGUUUCUCAGGUUAGGAGAAAUUGAUUGCACUUUAAUUGCAGACUUCAUGCAUAUGGCAUGGCCUUUUCCUUCUGCCCUGGAACUCCUGAAGCUGCCCACCCAAAGCCCCUGAUUGUGCAAUAAUAGCUGUUGGUGCUAGUCUGUCACGUGGUUGGGGAUGACUGUUUUUUGUGCUGUGGUUUGAAGCUUCUGUCUCCUUCAGACUCUGACCUUCACCCAUUAUGGAGAGCCCUCUGCUGUUGUGUAAUUUUUUUAGGCCUUUAUGCAGCCUGUCCUCUGUUACAAUAAAUCUAGAAAUGGAGCGCA